UAAAAAGGCUACUAUGGCACAACUUUGUAACGUGAUCGUUCUGGCCUUUAAUGUAGACACUUUUUGGCCGCCAAGUCAGAGCCAGAUUUGAAGGCUGUUAACUUCGCUGACAAGAUAAAGGGGAAAAAGCUGACUGGAAGCCUCAUAAGAGAGGUAGAGUUGGAUUCGGAAAGUUCCUGUCAGUUAGAGUGUUUAGGUAAAGAGCGAUGUCAGUCUUACAACUUUGGAACCAUAAUGACCGAUUCAAAGAAACUCAAGUGUCAACUAAGCGGCUCUGAUCGAUUUGCUGGAUUUGCUAACUUUACUGAAGAUAACGAUUUUAUUUACAGAGGAAUAAAGAGUGCUUGUGAGGAGGACAGUUUUCAGUGUGGCGAGAAAGGAACCUGUAUUCCGAACUAUAAAGAUGGCAGCGUACGAUGCAAAUGUGACAAUGGCUAUACGGGAAAACCUUGCAAAGCGAGAAGUUGCUCUCAAUUGUUUCAAGAUGGUCUCAAUUCCAGUGGUGUGUACACCAUCAAUCCAGAUGGCGGUAAACCAAUACAAGUAUUGUGUGAUAUGAAUAAGGACAAUGGAGGUUGGGCCGUUUUUCAGAGACGUUUAGACGGCUCCGUUGACUUCUAUCGUGGAUGGGAAUCCUACAAAAACGGCUUUGGAAAUCUGAAUGGUGAGUUCUGGCUUGGAAACGACAAUAUACACCGUUUGACAGACUCUGAUGACGUCAUGCUGAGAGUUGACUUGCAAGACUUUGAAGGGAACAUCACUUACGCUGAGUACACGACUUUUAAGGUGGCAGACGAGGCCGACAAGUACCGGCUUUUGAUUAGAGGAUACAAUGGUACUGCUGGUGACUCUAUGGCUGAGAGACAUUCCCUAAGCAAUAUGCAGUUUUCUACAAAAGAUCAAGACAAUGAUUAUCGUAAUGACCUACCCAGCUGCGCCCAACGUUUUAAGGGAGCCUGGUGGUACAGAAAUUGCCAUUGGUCCAAUCUGAACGGAUUAUACCUCAAUGGUUCCCAUGCCACUUUUGCUGAUGGAGUCAAUUGGUACACCUUUAGGGGGUUUUAUUACUCACUAAAACGUACCGUGAUGAAAGUAAAAACGAAGGCAUAAGGUGAUGUCUGUGCAAGAGUGAACGAAAAGGAACCAAUUUGAACUUAAACCCCCGCUAAACCUAGCUCAGCAAGUAAAUACGUAUUUAUGAUGACACCCGGCAUUAAAUUGAACUGAAUUUUUUUGAUGGCUUUUAAUACAAAUUAUACCGACGAAGCAACAAUUAAGUGUAGCCGUAUGUAAAAGUUUUUAUGAGUUUAAUCAUAUAGGAGCCUUUGGACUACAACUUCGAUUAGCAGUUGAAAACUGCAACCAGGAUUCUACAUGCGCCAUUUGCAUUGAAAAUUUAUAUUGACUUGUAUUCGAGAGGAUUGCGAAGCAUUAAUUAA